GUGAGUGAAGGAUCAUGAGGUCCAUCGUCAGUGUGCGUGCAUAUACAGGAUACAACGAUCAUGUUAGCGUUGCCGUCGUGAUGGAUUCAACCCAAGUGUCUGUCUGUACUCACGCCAUUGGGUCGCGUACCCGCCAAAAAGGACAUGGGGCCUGCUGACCACUCGAUGGACAAUCUGAUUUUGAAGCUUUCGCCAUGUCUGGAGCGUUGGGUUUUUACAGUAUCCUUCUAGGCUCGUUCGUUGAAAGCAAGUGUCCGUCUCUUGUCCCUUUCAACGAGGUAAUCAGAAGGUAUCAAGGACGCGGGAAAUGCCGCUUGCCACUUGCACACUUGAAGGCAUCGAUCGUUGCGCUGUCGCGAAUCCAAACUGCGAACUUCGACUUCAAGUUGAAGUUGGCAUGUCAUCCGUUGAUUGGUGGAAUGAAUCUGAUAAAUCAGAUUCCAGCGAAUCCGCGACGAGUUGGGUUGAUUACCCACCAAGCGUCACGGCUAUUGUUGGCAGCACAUUGACAUUUGAGUCUCAAGGACUCAAAAUGAUUUCAGGGGCACGAGCUUUCGCCUCCAGAAGCCGCGACGUGUGAACGUGCCAAAUGUAGUGUUUUCUACGUACAUUAUCGAUUAGUACCAAAUCUAGUGUUUUCUAC